AUGACCAAUCCAGGCAGCUUCAUCAAUCCGUUCCUGAUUGGAAAUAUAAGUGUCAGCAAUGCACUUGCUGACCUAGGUGCUAGCAUAAAUUUCAUGCCCUAUUCCAUCUUUGCUAAGCUUAACCUAGGAGAGCCUUCAAUUACGCACAUGAGUAAACAGCUUGUCGAUCGCUCGGUGAACUUCCCUAGGGGCAUUGUGGAGAACAUGUUGGUGAAAGUUGACAUGUUUGUUUUCCCGGUUGACUUUGUCUUUCUUGACAUGGACGAGGACUCUGAGGUUCCAUUGAUUAUAGGUCGUCCAUUCCUUGCCACCUCACGUGCAGUCAUUAACGUUUAUUAUUGCAAGUUGACUCUUCGUGUUAAUGAGGAUAACGUCACAUUCGAUAUUUAG